AUGAAAGCGGAGACUCUGCUCUUACGAAUGCCAUAUUUGAAACAACGCGGAUGUAGUAUUCUUAGUGAAAUGGAAAAGUUAAAUGAAAAAAUUGACAAUAAAAUGAAUGAAUUAGGAAAAGUAUUUAUGGAUUUUUUACCAGCUAUUACAUCACUAUUUGAAAUGGUAGUAUCAACAGCGUUAUCUCAGUCAAAUGUUAAGGCAGAAAUGAAACAACAGCUGAUAAAUCAGUAUACUGAAAAACUGAAAAUGAUCACUCAACCAAUAUUAGUGAUAUUAAAAUCCUUCGCGGAGCGGAUCCAACGAAGUCCAGAUUUUGGCAAAAAUAACAAUAACGGUACGGGUAUUACAUCUAGUUCAGAUAAAUUUCUACCAAGACCAUCUGGCACGUCUGAUACCGAAUUUAAAUUAAUAUUAGAACAAAUAGAGAACUGCAAGGAAACGGUCGGAAACACAUCGGUAUUAGAAGUUAGUCGGCUUAUUAAAAAAUUAAAAGCAAAAAAAUCCACCGGAGAUGAUAAUAUAUAUCAAACUUCAUGUUAA